GAGAGGUCUCUGUGCCUGUGUAACGGCCGUCUGAAGAAGAAGUGGACCAAAGCGCAGCGUGGCCUGUAUAAGAUGCACUGGAACCCGGAGCAUGCCCAGUCCCUCAGCCAGUGGCCUGAGCAGCACCUGGAUGUGUCCUCCACCACCUCCUCACCGGCCCACAAGUCUGAGCUUUACGCCGCUGGCCGCGCCCACGGCCGAGGUGGCUCCGCCCACGGCUACGCCUGGGCCAAUGAUGACAUCUCAGCCCUCACCGCCUCCAACCUGCUGAAGAGCUACGCAGAGAAGUACUGUGAUGUUCUAGACUUGCCAUACGACCGUCCACCGGGGCCCACUGUAGGGACCUACCCAGAGCCAGGGGCUUUCGGGGGCCUUAUUGGCCUCAAGACUGAGCUGGAACCCUGGCCCCUGAGCCACAGUGCAGAGGGGCUCUAUCCCGGGUCCCUGGACGGUCUGUCGGGCCCGAAGGCCGGGGCCACAUCAGCAGGGCCACCAGGGGCCAGCAAUAUGUCGGGGGUCAACAGUAACCUCUCAGAGUCUUGUUAUAGUGGUAGCAGCUCCUCCUCUGGCUCUCACUCAGGUGACUACAACCGCCCCAGCUACAACGGUACCUACGUCUCGCCUGGCUACUGCCCCCAGCCCCCCUCAGCACUGCCCCCUGCCUCCCUCCAACACCCCCUCCAGCCCACACCCACCCUGUUGCCCAGCUACUCCCUCUCCACCUCGGUCUACAACUACCCCCCCAGCAGCUACCCCCACCAGCCCGGCCUGGGCCCCACCUACAGCCACCCCUCUGCAGGGUACUUACCCCCGGGGCUGGCCGCCCCCACUCCCCUCCCCUCCCGUCCCACCGUGGUCGGGGGUAGCUACGGCUACCAGGAAUCCGGAGGUGGGUUGAAGAGGAAGGCGUUUGAGAUGUCAUUAGACGAGGAGGAGGAUGGCUCUAGAUACAGUAAGUAUACAGGCUACGACCCAGUGAAGCCCGGAGGAGGGGACUCUCUCUCUCCCUACAGAGUGGGAGAUAAAGAAAACAGUGGCUUCACCGCGGGCAGCACAGAUCCCCAGACCUUCAAGCCCAGUAAGCCCUCCUCCCAGCCCCUCGUGUCCCCUCCGUACAGGGUGGCUUUAGCAGGGGACUACAGCCCACCAGCAGGGAUGACUGGGGAGAACGUAGGAGGAGGAGGGGGGUCAGAGAACCAGGGCUUCAUCCAACAGCAGCACCACUCCUCCCUGGCCCACAACAAUAAACUCCCCUCCCUGCAUGGCCAGGGCCAGCCUGGGUCUGGACCAGGGGAGUCGGGCAGCCUGAAGAGCCCAGACCGCAGGCUUCUGGAUCUAGUCAACGGGGAGGUGCUGGACUGUAGCCCGGCCCUGCUAUGGGGGGAGCUGGCUGGGCUGACCCACGUCAAGGCUGCCCUGGAGGAGGAGCUGCUGUGGCCCUGUCUUAGGCCCAGCCCCGCUGUCCGCCCCCCAGCCACCGUUCUGUUAUUCGGCCCCCGGGGAGGCGGGAAGACCACCCUAGCACGCUCCAUGGCCUCCCAGCUUGGGGCCUCCUUCUAUAGGCUCAGCGGGGCCAUGUUAGCCUCUAAAGGCAAGGCUGAGGCUGAGGGGAUCCUGGGGGCCACACUGCAGGUGGCGGGGUCGAGGCAGCCCUCCGUGGUGCUGCUCAGUGAGGUGGAGGCUAUGGAGAAGGAGGAGGGGCUGAGGCAGGUGUUGCUAUCUGCCCUGGAGAAGGCCCAGAUGGAGUUAGGGUUGGCGGGAGCUGGGCUGGUGAUCAUGGUGUGUGCCACCGGUAGGCCGGACCUGCUCCAGGAUGCUGUGCAUCGGAGCUUCGCCAAGCGCUACCACGUGGGCCUGCCAGAUGCUUUUUACACAAAGCCGAGUUGAGCGCAACGUGCAUCUCGAUAGUGAGUUAGGAUUCCAUCCAAAGAUCCUGGUUAUUCGUUAUCCAAGACAUAAAUCAGUAAUGUGUUGUCAAGGUGACAUGGUCCAAGGAAAUGGAUAAUCAGGGUCCUGUUCAUGAGGCACCAAACAAAAUAAAACAUACAGAAACAGGGAAGGAACAACCUGGAUUUGUCCAAUAAGAAAAACGUAUUUUCGAUUUCCGUUGCAAAACAGACUGAAUAGGGGCAGGACUACCUGGACUCGUCCAACAUAGAACACACAUUUUUGUUUUCCAUUGCAAAUCUUUUUAAAACGUUUGCCCUAAUGAACAGGACCCAGGGUUGGGAGAACCCCCUGUCGACUGACUGCUACUCUCAGGACUUUAUUCAUUACCAGUCCUCUCCUGUGGGGUUUUAGAUGUCAUUACCUUAUUCAUUACCAGUCCUCUCCUGUGGUGUUUUAGAUGUCAUUACCUUAUUCAUUACCAGUCCUCUCCUGUGGUUUUUAGAUGUCAUUA